AUGUCGAUCCCGUACUCAAUGUCGGAGAUUGCUUUGAUUUACGGCAUUUUAGUCCAAAAUGUUGCAUUACUCGUUGAACAUGUUACAACAAUAUCUCACUCUUCUCCCGAUAUGCUUGAUUCUGUUCCUAUUUCUCCUUUAGCUAAUAAUGUAUCCACUCAUGUCAUUCCUACUCGCAAGAGCGAUAGAAUCGGAAAACCUCCUUCUUACUCGUCGGCAUAUCGUACCAGCAUUGCAUCCGAUCCAUCCCCUUCUUCGUCUCCGGCUUGUUCCACUUUGUAUCCUAUACACCAUUAUAGUUCCUCGGCUAAAUUGUCACCCACACACACAACUUUUGUCUCAGCCUUGUCCGCUUCUCGAUGA